AUGGACACCAUUCCCGAUUCAACAAGCGGCAGGCAAUUGAGUCUGAAGCAUCAUGAUGAGUACUGGUUCGCUGAGGGCAACAUCAUCCUAGCCGCUGGCGACGUAGGCUUCCGCGUGCAUAGCGGGGUGAUCGUCCAUGGAUCAGGCUCCCCCGUCUUCAAGGAUCUCUUUGAAUACGCCCAAGCGACGCCUGAGGAAUCAAUCGAUGGCUGUGCUGUGAUAGAAGUCACCGAUGACCCCGAGGAGCUAGCAGACCUUCUCUCGGUGCUAUAUAGCGCAUCAGCCAUAUGGGUACCCACAGUCAUUGUCACCUUCGACACGAUUGCUGCUUGUGUUCACCUGGGGAAUAAAUACCAGAUGGAUGAUGUCUUCGAAGGCAGCCUCGAUCGCCUGAAAUCCUGCUUCCCAACCAGCUUCGACGACUGGGAACAGCUCGAGGUAGGCGAUACCUACAUCAGGAGCUCUGUGAUGGAAGUUCAGGUGACGGACGCAAUACGCGUCGUCAACCUAGCUCGCACCUGCGAAUGCACGGAAUUGCUCCCCGUCGCGCUCUAUAUUUGCGCCACUCUCUCCUCUCGCGACCUCGUUCUCGGUGUCAACUCAGCGAAUCUCCAUCCCAAUGACCUUGCUCGAUGCGUCUCAGCCCGAAAUAACAUCUUGCAGUCGCUACCCUUUACCUCCAUUUCCCAGAUCAUGCCGCAUCCUCUCUGCUUCCGAGAAUCAUGCAGGGACAAAUUGGAUGAGUUUCCAGAAUGGCUGUACCGGAAUAGGUACCUCAUUGAUUAUUAUUUCCUGGGCUUCCCCAAAAUCCCACUCGCCAUGCUCGUCGACUCGCUUUGCCGCGCUUGCGCGGACGUGGUUCGUACCAAGUUCACCGCAAUGCGGCGAUCGCUGUGGGCGAGACUGCCGGAAUUUAUGGACUCGCCAGUAAAUAACUCGCCCGAAGCUUGA